AUGAUUGCAAAAAACGCGCAGGCAGAGCUGGAGCAGAAGCUGAAGAACGAUGACCGCGAUGUCGCGGACUUAUGGAAAGAAGCUCUCAAGAGCUACGAAAGUAUCGUUGGCUUCGGUCUCCAGCGAAAAUUCGACAACGUAAAUUCUAUGCUUGACUUUGGAACCGAUCAGAUGAACAACUUUCAUAAGUUCAGACAUGACAAGGGCAAAGUUGAUCGUCUGAGAACUCUCUUCUCGUCAAAUUUGGACUUGGUUGAGCAGGGCGCAAACCAGAUCAUCGCUGCUGCUGCACCGGCCUUCCCGCCAGCUGCAGCCAUCGGAACGGCCUUGACCUAUAUGCUCCAGGCUUGUCGGUCUGUCUCAGCAGAUUACGACAUCAUUAUUGUGUUCUUUGAGGAUAUGAACAGCUUCCUCACCAGAAUUACUAUCCUGGAGACAAGACUUCCAAAAUACAAGGCCUAUCAGAAUUGUUUGAUGGAGGUCUUCACUUCCCUUCUUACCAUGUGUGGUUUCGCGCACAAGUACAUCGAACUCGGGCGUUUCAAGAAAUGGAUCUCCAAUUUGUUCAAAGGCGAUGAUGGGGAGCUUGGCGGUGCACGUGCGGGUAUGAACAAGAAUCUCGAACAUCUUCAGCAGGCGACUGAGUUUGCAAUCUUGAGCAAUACCGAAGAAUCUCUCAAGAUGGCAUCUCAACUUGAUGAUAACCAGAGAUCACAUGCCGCAAUGCUCGAGCGUGUCGGACACACCAUCGAUACUAUUCAAGAGAACACCGAGAAUAUCAAGGGAGACAUUGCCAAGAUCUUGAAACUGUUCGGCGGGCAGAAGAAAGAAAGAUCUACAGAGAAACCCCAGGCGAAAAAGCCAGCCUCAGCCAACAGUAUCCGAAACGCGAUGCCUGUCGUCUUCAACGAUGGCCAUGAGUACCAGACACUGAAGGAGACUCUCCUGCCAGAUUCAUGUGGCUGGAUCUUCUCUGAGCCAGAAUGGGAAGAGUGGCUAAAGAUCCCAGAUGGAGAACGCCCUAUCCUUGCUCUCACAGCUGAGCCAGGUAGCGGCAAGAGUCAUUUGGCUGCUGCAGUACAUGACAAACUUACUCAGAGGGCCAGCGAAGAUGAAACUGGGAAUACUUGCGUCGCGCACUUUUAUUUCCGAGAACAGGAAGAUGCUUUUGCCUUCUUCCUAUGCGGUAUCAUCACAGUCGUCAACCAAAUCGCUGAGACCAACCAUACAGCUUGCGAAAAGCUAAACGCCCAAAUCGCCAGAGACGACAUUGAGAUAGAUACCAACUUGUGGCAGCACCUCGUAGAGCACCUCCUCGGGGCUGUUUUCGGGCCAGAUUCGAAGUUCAGUUUGUACAUUGUAUUCGAUGGUCUCGAUGAGCUUCGCGACCCGGAAGAUUUUCAGCUGUUUCUUUCGGACUUCUUCAACGAGAAGGGGCUGAAGAUAUCACUUGCUGUGACUUCUAGACCUGAGCAGCUGGAUGAUCUUCCCAAGAGCACGAAGCUAAUUAGGAUAGAGGCGGAUAAGAAGAAGCAGAGUCAAGAUAUGAGGUCGCUGAUCUGGAAUCGUAUCAACUCGCUCAAUAAUCUCAAGAGGUUCAGUCGCUACGUCCAGCAGAGAGUCGCUGACACGAUUGAAGAAGUUUCCCCAAACAUGCUUUAUGCAGAGCAUCUACUUGCUCGUCUUGACAACUUGGGUCGUGAAGGAGCCGUCCUCAGAGCUCUCGGCCAAGAAAUGCCCAAGAACCUGCACGAUAUCUAUAAGAUAUUACUCACAGAAUGCCAGCGCCGUAUGCCAGCCAAGCACCAAGAGGUUUCUGCGACUUUGCUCCACUGGGUUGCUUUUGCCAGGCGCCUCCUAACCCUGACCGAGGUCCAAUCGCUUCUCAAAUACCUCGCCCAAGAUGACAACUUUGACAUUGAAGAGAUUCGCGAGUUGUUCGACAAGUUCCUUAGAGUCGGUGGACCUGGCUACGACACAGAAGUCCUGGCACGGAUUGAGGCUAGUCAAGCUACUGCUGUGCAAGACUUGAAGCAGGACGAAGAGAACAAGCACGACAGCAUUUAUGACGAUGGACCACUUCCAGUCACGUUUAAAGAGAGGUCCAUGAGACACUACUUUACCAACAUUUCGACUGGCGCUUCUGAAUUUCGAUGGGGGCCUUCUGAAGCAAAUCGAAGGAUGCUCUUGACCAGUGCAGAGCUUCUGCGAUCUCAUCGAAACAAAGUGGACGAGAGUUUACUCAAAUACUCUGCCUUGUUUUUAAUCUCACAUUUCGUCGAGACUGAUGCAGAACAGCAUACUUCUGAUGAGCAGAUUGAAGUUCUCAAGGCUUUCUCAGAGACAAUGGCUAAUAAAACGGGUCUUGCUGAGAUGCUGAGCAAGUCUGGCGUUACGUAUGGAGGAUCCGGCGGUGGUACCUCUGUUACUAAUGAGAAAGUGUCUCAAUGGGCAAAGCUCGUUGAGAAACCAGAAAUCAGUGAAAAGCUUGAUGACUUUACAGUCGAAUGGUGGAAGCGAGUUGGUCCAGAUCCGCCAGCUUGUCGUCUUGACAUAGCCAAGGGCUUUCUCCAGCAGCUGUAUCAGGCACAAACCUCGAAAGAGGCAGUUGAAGCGUACCAAGAAGUUCAAGGUGUUCUCAAUGCAUCUGGCUCAGCGAAGCUACUUAUGGACCAAGCCGCAAUCAACUUUCCAAAGGAGUUCGAGGAUAGAAAUCGUGCCGCGAGCGACGAUGAGGCGUAUAAUGCAGCCACAGCUACUCUGGGUGUCCUGAACCUCUUUGGCGACGAUGUCAAGCCUGAUGCAGCAGCACAUCGAGCCGUUGCAGAAGUCCUCGAUCAGUAUAACUUCACCGGCCCAGCCGAGAAGACAUGCCGACAAGCUCUGGAACUCUGCAAGCCAACAGACCAUGAAUGGUACCGAGCGUCAAAUGUCCUAUCUCAGAUUCUGUUGAAGCAGAAGAAGAAGAAAGCAGCUUUCGAAGUUGCAAGUCGUGCAGUCAAUGAAUUGCCUAACAAUGAAGUUCCUCCACCUUUGAAGCGAAUCGUGUACACAGCAUAUGCCAGAGCUCAGCGCAAGCUUGGUCAACUGGACGAUGCUCUCGAGUCAUUCGCCAAAGCGAAAGCUAGUGAUCCCGAUGGAAUUACCCCUGGUGAAGAUCUGGUCGACGAGCUCCAAGUCGUUGAGAGAAAGUCAGACAAAAGUGCCUACAUCCAGAUGCUUAAACAAUGGAGCCUCCUUGAGAGAAUCACCUGGAUUGCAUCCGAUUACGCCGACAAGGGAGAAGAAAGGCAUGCAAUCUUUUGCGACAUUGCUUCGGAAACAGGUGAACAGGACUUCAUCGUCAAGUUCUACGAGGAAGCGAUUGACUUUCUUGAUAACCUUGAUGCCGCUAUGCCUGUGCGCCUCGAUCUUGCGACUAUUUACUUCGAAGUAUGCCGCCAACCUGAAAAGGCACUGGAAAUCCUGGACAAAAUCUUCGACAGCCGCGCUACAGGCUUCAGGUUCCCGAUCCUAGGUGGAACAGCAUUAUGGAUGAUGACACGCGCUGUGGACUGCAUGACGAACGUCCAACUAGAACUAUUUCGCAAAUCUCGCGAUCCCGUGUACAAAGCUGAGCGCCUUGCCUCACAGGCUAAUUUCAUGCAGCGCCCUUUAUCCCUGGAUGUUCCGCGAACUUCAGCAUUCUGGACCAGCUCUCAUCGAGUUGGACUGGCAUAUAUGUAUCUCGUCAUGGGACCUUUGGAGAAGUUCCAAGAAAAGGUUCAGUCUUUGUUGGAUGAUUGCUUCGCCGGAUUGAAUGACACAGUUGGAUGGAACGAUGCGCCCUAUCUUUGGAUGUUGGCGCAGACGUUGGCGCUGAUGAGUAAGGCUCUGAGGAACGAUGAGAAGUUACGACGAUAUGCUCGUAUCGUUGGGUCUGCUAUUCUCUCAAAGAUUGUUAACCCUGAUCAAGAUAAGGAGGCCAAGGGCGAGGAAGCGACGGAUAACGACAAGAAGACUGAGGAAAACACAAAGGAGAAAGAUGAGACAGAGGAAGCACAAGAACAGCCUGCGGCUGAGGAGGAAAAGGAAGAGGUAGACACAAGCGACGAAGAAGACGAAACCGGUCCCCCACCCACCGACGAAGGAGAUCUCCUCUCAGACGAAACCUACUACAGCUGCGGUGGUUUCUGCAACCCAGAGCGCAAGUUCAAAUGGUGGGGAAAUCGCUCUGCAUAUCUAUACGUGACCUUUGCAUCAGGUAUGAUAUGCGAAGAGUGUCAAGCAGAGUGCGAUGCCGUUCAGCGUGGCGAAAAGCCCUUCAAGGGACGAUACUUUUACGGUGUUGGUCAAGAUAAGCUCAAGCUUCCUGUCGAGGGCUGGCAUGGUGUUAAGAAUGGUGUUAUGAGGAUUGAAGGGGAGGAGGAUGUCAAGAUGGAUGAUUUUCUGAAGAGGCUGGAGACGGAGGUUUGUAAAGAUGCGUGGGAACGGAUCUGGGCUGGGGAUGCGUUUUAG